GGUGGUUGCAUAUGUCAAAACAAGGAUGGCCUACCUGAGUUGAAAAGGAUGGCAUGUGAAUAUGAUAAGCUUUUAUCAUCACUCAUAUUCCUCUCAUUGCUCUCAUAUGUUUUCUAAUCCAUUCGUAUAUUUCCAUUGAUGUAAGCUACUGAUCUGGAUUGGAACAUGGCUGAACUUGUGAUCAGCGCUGUUAUCUCUGCUUCUUUUGAUUUUUUGCUGAAAAGGGUGGCAUCUCCUUACUUGAAGGAGUUCCUCAAAGAAAAUGAAAGUUCUGUUGUUUCUGAGAGACUUUUCAAGUUGAAGUCAAUGUUAAACUGUCUAGCUGCAGUUCGUUUCGAAGUGGAGAACAAGAGAAUCAAAAAUCCUGCUGUGGAGAAGUGGCUGGACGAUCUUCUGGAUGCUAUCGAUGAUGCUGAAGACUUCUUUGGUGAUAUUGAAUACGAUGCUAUGAAACCCAACAAUGAGUCAAAGAAAGCUAGAGGAAAGGCAAGUAGUUCAAAGAUAUGUGUCGUUCCAAUAUUGGGAAUGGGCGGGGUUGGAAAAACCACCCUUGCUCAAACCCUUUUCAACAAUGAAGGAGUGACAAAGAUGUUUGAACUUAAGGCAUGGGUGUAUGUGUCUGAUAAAUUUGAUGCCAUGGCUGUGACGAAAAGCAUUCUUCAACAAGUUGCUCCAGGUGAAGCUUCAAGUGACAUGGAUUUGAAUUUGCUUCAAGUUAAUUUGAAAAAUAAGUUAACGAGAAAGAAAUUCUUUAUUGUUUUAGACGAUUUUUGGAAAGAUGAUUAUGUUCAGUGGACAGAAUUGAUGAAGCCUUUCGACAGUGGGGCAAGAGGCAGCAAAAUAAUAGUAACAACAAGAAAUGGCAAAGUUGCAGAUGUCAUUGGAACUGUUGAUGCACACCAUCUUAGAGAAUUAUCAGAAGAUGAGUGUUGGGCACUAUUUGCAAAGCAUGCUUCUAGUGGAAACUCUAGAAAGUUUAUUGCAAACCCCAAAUUAGAGAGUAUUGGCAGAGAAAUUGCUAAGAAAUGUAAUGGCUUGCCUUUAGCUGCCAAAGUUCUUGGAGGCCUCUUGAGAUCGACGUUGGAUCCUGAGCGAUGGGUACAAAUAGCAAAGAAUACUAUUUGGGAGCUCUCAGAUAAAAGGAGCAAGGUUCUGCCUGCUGCUUUAGAAGUGAGUUAUUACUAUCUUCCUCCACACUUGAAGGGUUGCUUCGCUUUUUGUUCAAUAUUCCCAAAAGGUUAUCAAUUUCAAAGAGAGGAGUUGGUCUUAUUAUGGAUGGCUGAAAAUCUUGUAAUGGAUCCCGCAGGGAAUAGAAGAAUGGAAGAAGUUGGUGGUGAGCAUUUUGAUGAUUUAGUAUCUAUGUCAUUUUUUGUGAAAAUAGAAACCUGGAGUGGUACAUAUUUUGUCAUGCAUGAUCUUAUAGUUGAUUUGGCUAGAACUAUUUCUGGAAAAUACAGUUGUUUGUUGGAGCAAAAUGACAACAUUGAUAGGCUUGAGAAGAAGGCACGUCACCUUGGAUGUGUCAUGGAACUUUAUACUGAUAAUAAGAUAGCUAGCCAUGAUUUUGGAGCUACACGUUUGCGAACCUUUUUAUUAAGUUCAAGAUAUUCUGGAAUCAGUAUUUCUAAGGAAGAAGUGCAGAAUCUACUUUCUAUGUUGAAAUGUUUAAGAGUUCUAUCUUUUCGUGGUCUUCAUAUGGCUGAGUUAUCUGAUUCAAUUGGUGAGCUGAAACAUCUUCGCUAUUUAGAUCUUUCUUGCACCAAGAUUAUGACGUUGCCUGAAUCUAUAACUGUAUUAUACAAUUUACAAACACUGAAAUUGGAAAAUUGUCACCAACUUAAAGCUCUACCCAAAGGUAUGUAUCAUCUCAUUAAUUUGAGACAUCUUAUUAUCAGUGGAAAUAGCCUAGUAGAGAUGCCAAGUCAAAUAAGUAAAUUGAAGGAUCUCAAAAUGUUGACAACUUUUGUUGUGGGGAAGGAUAGCGGCGCUAAAAUAGAAGAGUUGGCAGAACUUCAAAGUCUAUAUGGAGAACUUUCCAUUAAGAAGUUAGAAAAUGUGGUCAACAUUACAAAAGCAUCGAAUCAAGUCAAUGUAAUGGAGAAAAAGCAACUUGAAAAAUUGUGUUUGGCAUGGACUGGAGUUAAUGAUGUUGUUGUUGAUCGAAAACAAGGGGAGGUUGUGCUUGAAAUGCUUUCACCUAACACAGUGUUGAAGCAACUUGCAAUUUUUAACUACCCUGGCGAAAAAUUUCCAAAUUGGGUUGGGAAUGAUUCGUUUAGAAACAUUACUCAAGUAACUCUUAAUGGGUGUAAGCAUUGCUCCUAUUUGCCUCCCUUUGGGAAACUUCCUCUGUUGACGCAUCUUUCCAUCUCAAGAUUCAAUUCUGUAGUGACAGUGGGUGCUGAGUUUUACGGGAAUAGUUAUGUGGGAAAGCCAUUUCCAUCAUUGGAAAGUUUAAGCUUUUUGCACAUGUCAUCAUGGGAGCAAUGGCAUUCAAUGGAAACUGAAGAGGCAACAACAUAUGAGAAGCUCAAAACACUUCGGAUCAAUGAUUGUCCUAAGCUCAUCGGAGAUUUGCCUCGCUUCCUUCCUUCAUUAAUAAGUAUUGAAAUUGGAGGUGACAAGGUGUGUCCCUUAUUAAGUCUCCCAAGAUCUCCACAUGUCACAGAAAUGAUUAUUAAGAAUUUGGAGAAUUCAGAGUCAUUGUACGAGGCAGUAAAGCCAAGUAAUCCUUGUUGCACUUCUACUUUCAGAGGAUGUCUGCCUACCACUCUCACUCCACUCUACCAUUACCCUCCUCUUCAGUCUCUUAGGUUAGAAAAUUGUGGAUCAUCCUUCAAAUCAUUCCAUCUGGAUUUAUUUCCCAAUCUCAAAUAUCUUGAAAUUGUAAACAGCCACUACUUUAAAGCUAUCUUAGUGUCUGAUGGGCAAUCUCUUGAGGAACUAACAUAUUUAGGUAUCAGGGACUGUGGUAGUUUUGUAUCUUUCCCAAAUGGCGGACUUAUUGCUCCCAAGUUAAGUGAGUUUGAGAUUAUUAAUUGUCCUAAAUUGAAGUGGUUGCCAGAGAAGAUGACUUCCUUCUCAGCUUUGGAGCGUUUGGAAAUGAGAAAUUGUCCAUUGAUAGAGACUUUCCCUGAAGGUGGUUUGCCUGUUAGUUUGCCUUGUCUUUGUAUAACCUAUUUUGUACUUUUGAGGAUGGAAUGGAAUUGGAAAACAUUACCCCAUCUUACCACUCUUAUUAUUGAUGGAUAUGGUAAUGAAGAAGAUAUGGAAUCAUUUCCAGAGAAAGGGCUACUGCCUCCCACUAUUACCCAUCUCGGUAUCUGUUAUUUUGCAAAACUAAGAGGCUUGGACAAAAAUGGACUUUCACAACUCACCUCCUUGCAAACACUUUACAUUACCAACUGCCCUGAGUUGCAGACAUUGUCAGAAGAAGGCUUUCCAACCUCCUUCACCUCUUUAUACACCUACCAGUGUCCUCUGGUGGACAAAAAGUACGACCCAAAGAAGAGUGAGAAUGAGGAGUACUGGAACAAGAUUAGUCACAUUCCUAAUGUCACAUUUCAUACAUAACAAGUGUGUUUAUUAUAUUUUGUUUAUCAUUUAAUGAUUUGCUUCUUUGUUUGGGUUAUAAUAAUCACAUAUGUUUUUGCUGUUUUUCUUUUAAAUAUUAUAAUUCAGACCUUUGCUUGUUGUGACUUUUUGAAAAAAGAUAUGUUCACACAAGUAUGUAUGAGUAUGUUUGAUUAAUUUCGGAUAAAAGAAGAAGAAGAUAUGUAUGUUUCGCCAGCUUGUAACCACGGUUUUCCUCGGCCAUAACUAAGUGAGGGCUGUGAAUAAACUUGGGAAGAGGUCACUCAUAGUCAAUUCAUUGGGUCACAGUCUUGUCUUUGUUAAGAGUUUUACAGAGGAAGUUUGAACUGACAUUGUUUUUUGUCUAAGCUUAGUUAUUAUUUAUUUAACAAAAACAAGUUUUGUUAUUUACUCAAAAGAAAAUGAUAAUAAUAUAUAUACCAUUAUCAUAA